AUGUUGUUCUUCAACUUGAUCAUUGCGUUACUUUUUCAAGCCGUAUCCCUCGUCUCUGCAGCAGACACGGCGGCAUGGAAGUCUAGAAGCAUUUACUUUGUCCUGACAGAUCGUAUCGCUCGCAGCAGCAGCGAUACAGGCGGCUCGUCAUGUGGCAAUUUAGGUAACUACUGUGGGGGCACUUUCAAAGGUCUUGAAUCAAAGCUCGACUACAUCAAGGGUGCUGGCUUCGAUGCCGUCUGGAUCACACCCGUAGUUGCAAACAGUGCAGGCGGAUACCAUGGCUACUGGGCCCAAGAUCUGUACUCAGUCAACGCGAACCUUGGCACUGCUGACGAGCUUAAGAGCCUCGUCAGCACCGCUCAUUCAAAGGGCAUCUACGUUAUGGUGGACGUCGUGGCAAACCAUAUGGGCGAAGGUCCAAUUGCCGAUAACCGUCCGGAACCGCUGAACCAGCAGUCAUCGUACCACACUGCUUGCACUAUCGACUACUCGAACCAGAACAGCGUCGAAAACUGCGAGAUCGCCGAUCUUCCAGACGUCGACACCCAGGACUCCAAUAUUCGCUCAUUAUACCAGACUUGGAUCAAGUGGUUGGUCAAUGAGUACUCUUUUGAUGGCGUGCGAAUCGACACGGUGAAACACGUCGAAAAAGAUUUCUGGACACCCUUCUCGCAAGCCGCCGGUGUGUACUCGAUCGGCGAAGUGUUUGACGGCAGCCCUUCGUACGUUGCGGGCUAUGCGAACACCAUGCCGGGACUUUUGAACUACCCUGUGUAUUAUCCUUUGAACAACUUCUACCAACAGAAGGGCUCUUCUCAAGCUCUGGUCGACAUGAUCAACACAGUCAGCUCGUCUUUCCCAGACCCGGCUGCUCUUGGUACCUUCAUCGACAACCAUGACAACCCUCGGUGGUUGAAUCAAAAGAAUGACCAGACCCUGCUCAAAAAUGCUCUCGCAUUUGUCAUACUCUCACGAGGCAUCCCGAUCGUAUACUACGGAACCGAACAAGGUUACUCUGGAGGUGCUGAUCCUGCCAACCGUGAAGACCUGUGGCGAUCAGGCUUCAACACACAAACAAACCUCUACCAGGCCAUCGCAAAGCUCAACAGUGCGCGUAAAGCCGCUGGUGGCCUCGCAGGUGAUGAUCAUGUGCACUUGUAUGUUACAAGCCAGGCAUACGCGUGGAGCCGCGCCAGCGGCAACCUUGUUGUCCUGACGACAAAUGGCGGAGGUAGCUACAACGCACAACACUGCUUCAACACCCAAAAGGCCAACGGGAAAUGGACGAACACCUACGGCGAUGGGGCGACAGUCACCGCCGACGGUAACGGCCAAGUCUGUGUCCAAGUCACCAACGGCGAGCCUGUCAUCCUGGUGGCGAGCGCUAAGGACACGGUUAUCUCCCCCACGCCAACUACUAUGCAGACUAUUUCGACUGCGUGUCCGACGUCUGUGUCAGUGACGUUCACGCACAAAGUGACGACUAGUAUCGGUGACACUAUUCGCAUCACUGGAAAUACCACCCAGCUUGGAAAUUGGACGCCUUCCAGCGGCCCGGCGCUCUCAGCCUCAAGCUACACGUCCAGCAACCCAAUUUGGACGAUCUCACUGCCACUGACGCCCGGAUCGGGGAUACAGUAUAAGUUCGUGAAGGUUGCGAGUGGAGGAGCCGUGACGUGGGAGAGCGAUCCUAACAGGGAGUACACUGUGCCCAAGUGCCAGAGCAGUGCUUCGGUGGCUAGCUCGUGGCAGUGA